AUGGCCGUCAACUAUGCCAAGCAAGCCGAAGCGAUCCUUAACUCGCAAGACAAAGGCAACAGUGAUCUCCUAAUCCUCAUGUACGGCAGCCUGGUCACGCAGGUGGUCCGGGACGUGGAGAACGUAGACACCGCCAACGCAGAAUUGGAACGGCUGGGCCACGACACCGGAAUUCGACUCGUCGAAGAUUUUGUCUCAAGGUCCUCCCUCUCGGUUUGUCAAAGUUUCAAAGACACCUGUGAAAUCAUCGCAAAAGUGGCAUUCAAGGUAUACCUCGGCGUCGCUGCAGAGGUCAGGCAAGCCAGCGACAGCGUCUGCUUCAUCACUCUCCCCGUGAAUCCGAUCACUGACUUCGUCGAAAUCCCGCCAGCGCUGGCUGGACUUAAUUAUAACGCAUACGUGUGUGGCGUUAUUCAAAGCGCCCUUGAGCAGCUAUGUCUGCGCACGUGUCUGCGGGCUCCCACUCCGCUAAUGUACGUCUUUAUUAUAGGUGCAGCUCAAAGUGACCUGCGUGGUGACUAA